UAUCGCGUCUCCGUGGGGCGUCACCGCGACUGUCCAACCAGCGAACGACCAGGCGCAAGUGCACAUUUUGGCGGGCUCCCAUUGGCCGAGGCGCCCGUCCCUCUCGGCGGCGGGGGGCGGGCGGUGGUAGGUUGCAGAGCAGGUGAGGUUUUGACCGGAGCGAGCAGCAGCGGACCGCCGGGGGACGUCGAUGGUGGAGGACGCAUCCACGGAGGGACCGGUCUGAGAGGGACCAGCGCUGGGGCUUACAUGGAGAGCUGAAAGCGAAUAUGAGCUUCUCGUCCUUAAUGAUGUACAUGUCUGCGGCGCUGACACUUCUUUUCUGUGGAUAUGUCGGAUUUUCCGAAGCUGCACCUCGCGUCAGUCCCUACGAUGCGUCGCCACUAUCCAGGAAGCCCGACGCAGCCUCCGACAGCCUGGAGCCUCCUGCUGCGGCCGAGAGCAGGGUCGGCCCCGGGCCUCUGACCGGACCCGCAGCGGCGCCCGACGCCCCCGCCUCCCGCGCCUCUGCCCCCCAGCCUCCUACGACGGACGCGACCCCCGCCGCCCCUGAUAUUGGCCUCAUCUCAGCCAUUAAAGAACAAAUUCCAGCGCCGAUCUUUCCAUUGACCGGUGCACGUAAACGAUCCGCCGAUGCCCACACGUCCCUCUUGGCCCCGGAGAAGAUGCUGCAGACCAUGAUGGUCUCCAUGGUUUCACAGCACACCGCGAACGAUGCCUGGGCGGCGGACCACCGCGGCCCCGCUGUCACCUCGCUGGAGAACCAAGGGGCGACUCCCACAGCUCCUGUUUCUCCUGCAGCGACACAGACUGGUGAAACAACCUCCCAGUGCCGGAACACCAGCCUUGCUGUCACACCACGUCACAGCUGUCAUGCAGAUGGAGGUGUCACCCAUUCUCUCCCAGUCCACACAGAGGUCCUUUGUAACUGCAGCAGUGGUUCCGAGGGUAUAUUGGAUCCGGAUGAAUGUGACCCGGGCACGGGUCAGUGCUCGUGUCUGUCGGGGUUCUCCGGCCUGCAGUGUGACGACUGUGAGGAGGGGCACUUCACCAACGGCACCAGCGGCUGCCUGCCCUGCGCCUGCGACUCCUUCGGCGCAGUCAACCACCUCUGUGACAGCUCAGGAAUAUGUGAGUGCAAGACCGGAGUGUAUGGACCCAAGUGUGACGAGUGCCACCCGGGUUUCUUCCACUUCAGCAGCACCGGCUGUCGGCCCUGCCAGUGCCACAACCACAGCUCCUGUCACCCACAGUCCGGAGUGUGUCUGAACUGUGAGGGCAACACCCAGGGAUCCAACUGUGAGGAGUGUAAGCCCGCUUUCUACCGCAGCCCGGGAGCCGCCCUGACCGGAGCCUGCGCAUCGUGUCCCUGCUCCAACUCCACCUCCACUGGCACCUGUCACACCGAUCCCAGUGGCUCCCCAGUGUGUGACCAGUGCCUUCCCCUCUACAGUGGCCCACAGUGUGACCAGUGCAGCGCCGGCUUCUACAGAACAUCUGCGGCCUGUGUUCCGUGUGACUGCAGUGGGAACGCAGACCCUCAGGACACGGCCCAGCUCUGUCACCCGGACACGGGCCACUGCCUCCGCUGCAUCAACAACAGCACCGGGCCUCAGUGCCAGCUCUGUGCCCCCGGGUUCACAGGCGACGCCCGGGCUCAGAACUGCACCCGUCCAGCCCCGCGGAUCGUUCCCACUGCAGCAGAUACAACCACAACAGAGGCCCACACGUGGAGCACAUCCUCCCCCUCCACGUCCCCGUCCACGCCCCCCACCAGCACCUCCCUGACCCCCCCAACAGCCUCCACGUCCAGCGGCGGCAUCAACGCACUGAGCACGGCGGCCACCACCCAGGCCCUGAUGACCAGCCUGAGCAGCCCCACCGACAACACCACCGCAGCGCUGACCGACGUCUCCUGGACACAGUUCAACAUCAUCAUCCUGGCCGUCAUCAUUCUGGUGGUGGUGCUGCUGCUGGGCUUCGUUGGCGGCGUGUACACGUACCGCGAGUACCAGAACCGCAAGCUCAACGCUCCUUUCUGGACCAUAGAACUGAAAGAGGACAACAUCAGCUUCAGCAGCUACCACGACAGCAUCCCCAACGCCGACGUGUCAGGCCUGCUGGAGGACGAGGCCAACGAGGUGGCCCCCAAUGGGCAGCUGGCUCUCACCACACAGGGCAACUGCUACAAGGCUUAGCGCUCCGUCAUCCCCAAGAUGGACGCCGACAGUGACAGACCACGAAAGCUGCUGGAAAGCACCGAAUCCAAAGCUCCUUCAUGUAUGACUGCUUGUUGUUCUCCUGCUUGACAUUUCACAACACUUGGCAAACUGACGCUGCGAUGGAGCAGAUGUGAUCAAAGAUACGAAACCUUCUCCCUUUUCCAUAUGAUUUAGUGAGGAACGAGGCGACGAGUGACGAGGAUCCAAAGAAGAGAGCGUUUUGUUUGGGUUGUGCCUGCAGGUGGCGCUGUGGCGACGAGUAGUUAGGUGAACAAAGAUCCUGUCGUGUACAGGAGCCGCGCAUUUCACACGUUUUUAAAAUGGACUUCUGACUGUUUAAGUUAUAACCGGAUCACUUGGGACAGUGGUCGUAAACUGAGACAAUGAUUGUUAUUUAAUGAAUCUUUUUUUUUCUGUUCUUAUUUAUUGGUUGAUGUUUUAAUUCUUGGGAAACGAGCUCCACAUGUACGACGUGUUUACUCAUGGUGUUUUCUCUUCUGUGCUGUUGAAUGAUCAUUUGAACUGGCCAGUAUGUUCACAUGUAUAGUUGAGGUGUUGUGGGAGAGUGAGGGGAUGAAACAGGCCGAGUGUUUUAACAACCUCACCUUUUGUUCAUAGCUUCCUUUUUAUUAAAGUGUGUCGCUCACCUGAGGAAUCUGUGCGUGGGUUGGGUUCUGUGACUCAUCCUGUGAUGUCUAAAACAUGAACAGUGUUUAUUGAUACUGCAGCUGUGGAAUAAAACCGGUCUGCACAUUGUUAACCCUCAGCUCAUCAUAAUUACAUCCGUGAUGUUGCAUCAGCUCCUGUGAACUCACGGAGCUCCACACCUGCUCCUGUGCUCGCUGGUGUUUCAGUUGCCGUUGGUCGAGUGUGCUUCUUUUUACCACAGUGAAUGAGAAAAGCUAAUCAUGGAACUAACUCCUCAGGUACUCGCUCUUUCCCUAAUGUGACCACUGUAAAUAUGAUGACUGUACAGAUGAAUGUGAAUAGUAGCACUAUUAAUGUACAGGUAGAUUACUGUGUGUACACUGUCACUGUCACUCUGCAGGGUGCGAUGCUGCCGUCAACCCACAGCUUUUUGUAUUUUGAUUUUGAUUUCUUAUUGUCAGUGGACUUUCCCAUAUUCACAGGACUAAAGAGCACCACCCUGAACUUGGAAUUAUGUAAAUAUGACCCCAACGUCAGAGCGUCAACUCUCAAAUAAUAAAAAUGGGUUUAACUGUUGUA